CCGCAAUGUGCUCUCCGGUAUCUACGCAGUGCCGCUCGCCAUCCAGCCGCAGCAUGUUCCCGUAGUGCCAGGCAUCUUGGCGCAAGGUGCCCCGAUUGGGCUUCUGGUCCAGCAGGAGUGUGGCUGACCCAUUGGCAGGCGGGCGAUGGACACCCACAUGGACUUGUUGACAGAGCUGCAGCUACUGGAUAAGGUACCUACCCUCGAGCGGCUCCGGACAGCUCAGAAACGCCGCGCUCAGCAGCUGAAGAAGUGGGCGCAAUACGAGAAGGAGAUGCAGCACAAGAGGAGGAAGCACGAGAAGAAGAGGAACGUUGCCAGCCGCAAGAAGGUGUCUUUUGAGGCCAGCGUUGCGCUGCUGGAGGCUUCGCUAAGGAACGAUGUUGAGGAAGUCUGUUAUUUAUUGAACAACAACUUCAGCCCAGACCUGUGCAAUGAAGAUGGAUUAACUGCACUGCAUCAGUGCUGCAUAGACAACUACGAAGAGGUCGUUAAGCUUCUUCUGAACCAUGGUGCCAAUGUCAACGCAAAGGACAAUGAGCUGUGGACUCCUCUGCAUGCGGCAGCAACAUGUGGACACAUCAACCUGGUGAAGAUCCUAAUUCAGCAUGGGGCAGACCUGCUAGCGGUGAAUGCAGAUGGGAACAUGCCAUAUGACCUGUGUGAAGACGAACCAACUCUGGACGUCAUUGAGACCUGCAUGGCAUACCAGGGAAUAACACAGGAGAAAAUCAAUGAGACGCGAGCUGCGCCAGAACAGGCAAUGGUUGACGAUAUUACAGAGAUGAUAGCAACAGGGCAAGAUCUGAACAGGACCGAUGCACAAGGUGCUACGCUGUUGCAUAUAGCUGCAGCCAAUGGCUACCUACACGCAGCAGAAAUUCUUCUGGACCAUGGAGCAAGACUGGACCUCAAGGAUUGGGAUGGCUGGGAGCCCCUCCAUGCUGCUGCCUUCUGGGGACACAUGCAUAUGGCAGAGCUGUUGGUGUCUCACGGAGCAAGCUUGAGCGCCCGAACCACCAUGGAUGAGAUGCCAAUAGAUCUCUGUGAAGAAGAAGAGUUUAAGGUUCUGCUCUUGGAGCUGAAGCAUAAGCAUGAUGUCAUCAUGAAGUCUCAGAUGAGGCACAAGUCCUCCUUGAGCAGAAGAACCUCCAGCACUGGAAGCAGAGGGAAAGUGGUACGGAGGGCAAGCCUUUCUGACCGAACCAACCUUUACAGAAAGGAGUACGAGAAGGAGGCCAUCAUCUGGCAGCAAAUAGAAUCUUCAGAAGAGCAGAGGACCUCUGGCUACAAUGGUGACAUCAGAGAGUCUUGCUCCAACCAAGAGAACACAGAUCCAAACUCUCCAGCAGAUUCACCCACAGUCCUCCCGGAGCUGAUAACCAAAAGCACGCAGUGUGACUCGGAAACCCUCCUCCAGAACGGGCUCAACUUGUCCUCUGCCACUUACCAAUACUCUAUCCCUAAUGGAGAUGUUUGGAAAAUGCAUUCUGCCCUGGACAAUGAGGCAAGCCAAGCUCUGCCCUAUGAUACCCCCGGAGUCCCCGAUUCUCAUCAGAUCUGGGGGGGCUACAAAGAAAGGAGCCACCAAACCCUUGCGGAGCUGAAACGGCAGCGGGCAGCAGCGAAGCUUCUCAACCACCCCUUCAUCAGCACACACUUUGGGAGCAACGGGGGCAGCACAGCUGAGAAUGGGGGAGAAGCGAAAGAGCACCUCAUUAGCUCCAGGACUCCUUCCUAUACGUCCAAUGGGACUUCAGUUUAUUACACAGUGUCGAGCGGCGACCCACCUCUCUUAAAAUUCAAAGCCCCCAUGGAAGAAAUGGAGGAGAAGGUGCACGGGUGCUGCAGGAUUUCCUGAUCCGAUUUCAUUGCUAACCAGCGGAGAUGCUAAGCUGGGUGGGCAUGCUGUAUCCUCUGCUGAGUCUUGGCUGUUAUCCCUGCGGAACAGGAGAAUCU